CGGCCCAGCUGGGGCAGCCCCGCCCCAUCCCCCAGUGGUCCUCAUGUGGAGGCUGGCACUAGGCGGGGUUUUCCUGGCAGCCGCCCAGGCUUGUGUCUUCUGCCGCCUCCCAGCCCACGACUUGUCAGGCCGCCUGGCUCGGCUCUGCAACCAGAUGGAGGCUGGGCAGAAGGAAUGUGGGGCCUCCCCGGACUUCUCGGCCUUUGCCUUAGAUGAGGUGUCCAUGAACAAAGUCACAGAGAAGACUCACAGAGUCCUGAGGGUCAUGGAGAUCAAAGAGGCUCUCUCCUCACUCCCUUCAUAUUGGAGUUGGCUUCGAAAGAUCAAGCUCCCUGAGUACACCAGGGAAGCUCUCUGUCCCCCUGCCUGCCCGUUGCCUCUGCUGUCUCCUGCAGGGGGCAGCACCACGCUGUACAACUGCUCCACCUGCAAGGGGAUGGAGGUGUCCUGCUGGCCCCGAAAGCGCUGCUUCCCAGGAAGUCAGGAUCUUUGGGAAGCCAAGAUUCUGCUCCUCUCCGUCUUUGGAGCUGUCCUGCUUCUGGGUGUUCUGAGUCUCCUGGUGGAGUCCCACCACCUCCAAGCAAAAAGUGGCUUGUGAAGACGCUGACAACCUCCCAGCCUCCAGCUCUAAGGAGUAUGCACUCACAACUUCUACAUCCCUUGGAGGGGAACCCGCCAGCCCCUUAGCCCCAGCUCCAAAAACAGUCUCCAGACCCUAAAACCCAGACAUCCCUGCUUCUGGUUGGUGAGAUAAUGAAACACAAGAAAAUCCCCAAAAACCCAGACCCCCCACAAUCCCAGUGUCAGACAGCUUCCCGGGAACCCAGGCACCCACAGCUGGAAAGUUCCUCCCCUCCAGCCCUCAACCAAUCACACAGCUGUCAACAAUGCCAGGAAAAUAUCUACAGAAGGAAAGAAUCCCCUACGCCACUCCCACCACACCCACACCCCCUUCUGCCUGUUCCGGGAAAGCGGGGGCAUCUGCCCCAGAAGCUAUUCCAGGCCCUCCUAUGACUGAUUAGGAAUCCGGGAAUGCGUGUUCUGGAAAACUCACCCCGCUAGAGUGAGAUCACGUCGGUGGGUUCGCGGGCAUGCCCUCCCUCCAUCGUGUUAACAGUUUCAAACCCUGGCCUCCCUCAGAGGCCUCCGUCCUGCCAGGUCUAACUAAACUUGCUGUUCAUGGC